AUGUUUCCCUCCUGUGACGCAUCGCUUCCAGCGAGACAUGCAGACGCGCAAACGCGCAGCCAACUAGAGACCCUCCGCCCCGCCCCGAAGUUAACUCCAGGGUCGAGGGGCUGCCCUCGUCCUCCCGAAGCCAUUCGGGCAGGGUCCGGACGGCCUCGGAGUGGGCUAGAAUCCGGCGUGGUCCGCCUCUUCGCCCUAGUACCGCCCUGCCUGACGCACGCGAGAGGACCGGGCUGGGAGCGGAGACAGCUUCUCCCUCACACAGCUGGCCCAGGCACCGGGGAGAUGCCAGGCCGGGGCCCAGGGUCCGAGUGGAUGGAGAGCAGCUCCUCCGCCGCGGUGGGGACCGAGGGUGGCGGCGGCGGAUUAGCUGGACAUUCUUAUUACCAGAAUUCCAAAAGUACUGAUAGAAUCAAAGAUGGACACAAAGUGAACUCACACAUAGCCAAGCUGCAAGAGUUAUGGAAAACUCCUCAAAUUCAAACAAUUCACAUCCCUAAGUCAAUGAUGGAUGCAGCUUUUCUAAAGCAUCCAGACCUCACCAUAGGCCAGAAGCGUUAUCUGUGCAGUAUUGCUAAGAUCUAUAACGUGAACUAUCUGAGGGCGUUAAUGAAGAGACAGUAUGUGCAUGUGAUUCAGCGCAGCUCACAAAAGCCAGGCAGGAGCCGCCUCAGCUCUCAUUACUCACAGAAACUGCAUUAUCCCUGCACUACAUGGCGACACCAGCUGGAGAAAGAAGAUUCAGGGCCUUCUAACAUUGCAGCUGUAUCUGCACCUGAAAUGAUCAUACAGCAUUCACCUUGGGGACCAGUGAGAAACAAAGAAGGGUUAAAAACUGGAUAUGCAUCUAAAAUUAGAUGUAAGUCACUGAAGAUUUUAGGAAGACCAGGCAGACUGUUCGUACCAGUUUCUUCAAAUGGUUCUGAAUCAUACAUGAGUGACGAAAAAAAGGAAGAAGAUUUACUAAAUAAGUGUAUGCAAUCAAUGUCAAUUGAAGAACAGGGAGAACAUCUGAUGUUAACUUGAUAGUCUUGUCUUGUAUAUUUAAUUUGUGCCAAAAGUGGGGGGAAGGGUUUGUGAAGUGUAUCCUCUCUUGUUUAGGAUAGUAUUGUUAUUCACCAUUAAGUAAUUUUUGUUUGUUCAGAAACUUUUACAACAGUGUAAUUGUUCUGAUAUAGUUCUAUAUACCACUGACAUUUGUGUAAUAAAAUUUAUGUGUAGUAUAUGCUUGUAAUUUCAGCUAGAUACAAUUAAAAUGUUUCUUGUCAUUUAA